CAUGGGGGCUUGAAACGAACAUGAAUUGUUGCGAGCGAGAUACAAUACUAGACAAGGUUUUAUUUUUCGCUUUUUCAAUGAGCAUCAUCCGUUUCAGAAACUACCCUGGGAAUCCAUUGAGAGCUGUUUGUCACCAGUUGCUGAGUGAAAGGCUGCAAGUCUCGACAUCGAAGUGAUUAAGGUGGAUACUAUAUUAAUGACUUCAGUUCUACAUUUGGAAUAAAGGGAGACGUAAUAAAUUGGACAAAAUGAUUUUGACACAUGAUUACCAUGAAGACUGUUAACUUGCAGGCAUCAGAAUGCCAGUUGAACAAUGCAUGUUACAACCCACCAAUUGCCAGAUCUGUCAAUCUGUUGUCAGAGAAUGGACAGAAGCCACAAUAUGUGAUGGAGAUUUCAAGCAGUGAUGGACAUCUCCCAUCAUCAGUGGUCAUGACUAACACUACUCCUAGUGAUAUUCCAAUCUGCAGAAUUUGCCAUGAACCCAAUGAUAAGGAGAAUCUUCUCUCGCCGUGCGAGUGCUCUGGGACUUUGGGGACCGUUCAUCGCAGUUGUCUCGAACAGUGGCUGGCAGCAUCUUGUUCCAGCCACUGUGAACUAUGUCACUUUGAAUUUGCUUUGGAGCGAAUACCAAGACCACUGACAGAGUGGCUGAAGGAUCCUGCACUACAACAGAAGAGGAGGAUGCUAUGUGGAGACAUUAUCUGUUUUCUUUUCAUUACUCCACUGGCCAGUUUGUCAGGCUGGCUGUGUGUCCAAGGAACAGUUGACCAUUUUUACUUCAGUAGUAGUGUAGAAGCAGUUGGACUUCUCAUCCUUUCAGCUGUCCUAAUUACAAUUUACCUGCUCUGGACCACUGCUUCUUUUCGGUACCACAUCCGGCUGUUCAAAGAAUGGAGGCGGACAAAUCAGAAUGUCAAACUGCUAAUUCCAAAAUCACAAGUGUUACUUAGCAACAAACCCAGUCUUCUAGCUCAAAACUCAAGCAUAAUUGUCUCCAAAGAGACUAUUGUCUAACUUUUUGAAAGAACUGCCUUGAAUGUGGAAACACACCAUGCUGAUUGGAGGGACCAAUCUUCUGGAUUGUUACAGAAAAAUAACAAGGAUGCAUUUUUGGCAACGUGGAGAUGGGUGAAGUGUGUAGACUAGGCAGUUGCAUGGUUCUUAACCAGCCUUUCCUUUGCUGUAUUUGUACCAGGGACUGUUUUGCUAUUACCAUUUAAUGGUGAUCAAGGCAAAGGAUGUUUGAAUUGGUGGGAAACCAUAAAUUCUUUUUCCCUUUGUGUACGAAUUCUUUUUCCACCUACCAAAAAUGGGAGCGAGAUUCUUAAUUGUGAGAAUUCUCAUGUUACUUGAUAAAGCUUAUUAAAUGCGUGGCAAAUUAUUUUUCAGGGAAAAGUAAUUUUCUCAUGAGGAAAAUGAGAAUGAGGAGGAAAAGUAGCUUGCCCUCUGAACUGAUGUUCAUUUAAAUAUGGAGCCAUUAAAUUCUGUGGCAAAUUAUCUGCUUCACAUGGAUUUUGCUGCAAACGGUUCAUUAUCUGGCAGUGAGCCGUCAGGGAUUGCAGUGCUCCAUCGGACACUAACCACCCAUUCGUGAUUUAUCUCCAAGGCUUCAAAACGGUUUAUUGUAUGCCACACACUGGCACUUUAAUCAAAUGAGCAAAAAAAUUGUUUCUAGGUCCCACGUGCGUUUUAU